AGCAGUCACCCGCUUCUUCUUUUCAACAUGACAGAUGCCGCUGUGUCCUUUGCCAAGGACUUCCUGGCAGGUGGAGUGGCUGCAGCCAUCUCCAAGACAGCGGCAGCACCCAUCGAGCGGGUCAAGCUGCUGCUGCAGGUGCAGCAUGCCAGCAAGCAAAUCACUGCAGAUAAGCAAUACAAGGGCAUUAUAGACUGCGUGGUUUGUUUCCCCAAGGAGCAGGGAGUCCUGUCCUUCUGGCGUGGUAACCUGGCCAGUGUCAUCAGGUACUUCCCUACCCAGGCUCUCAACUUUGCCUUCAAAGAUAAAUACAAGCAGAUCUUCCUGGGUGGUGUGGACAAAGCCCAGUUUUGGCGAUGCUUUGCAGAGAAUCUGGCAUCAGGUGGUGCUGCUGGGGCCACCUACUUGUGUUUUGUGUAUCCUCUUGAUUUUGCCCGUACCUAUCUAGCAGCUGAUGUGGGCAAAGCUGGAGCUGAAAGGGAAUUCAAAGGCCUCGGUGACUGCCUGGUUAAGAUCUACAAAUCUGAUGGGCUUAGAGGCCUAUACCAAUGCUUUAAUGUGUCAAUACAGGGUAUUAUCAUCUACCAAGCUGCCUACUUCGGUGUCUAUGACACUGCAAAGGGAAUGCUUCCAGAUCCCAAGAAUACUCACAUCUUCAUCAGCUGGAUGAUCGCACAGUCCGUCACAGCGGUGGCUGGGUUGACUUCCUAUCCAUUUGACACUGUUUGUUGCCGCAUGAUGAUGCAGUCAGGGGGCAAAGGAACUGAUAUCAUGUACACAGGCGCACUCAACUGCUCGUGAUGAAGGAGCUUUUUU